AUGUCAAACUCAAAAGAUAAUGGAAGAGAGAUAAUGAACCCUGGCGAACAAAAACCAGAAAAAUCGAAAGAUGACGAGCUAAUCGAACAACUCAUAACACUCUACUACCAACAAACCUUAAUAUACUGGGACUCGACUGUACGAUCCACAAUAGAAAAUUGGAUUUCUAAAAACAAGUAUGACCUUGCGCACAUCAUCAAACUUCUAGAACAACAAAAAGAACUCUCCGCCGAGCGCGCGUGUCUUCUUGGAUUUUUUUAUCACUACGGAGUUGGAUUUGAUGCUCGUAACUAUGAAGAAGCAUUUCAAUUAUAUAAAUAUGCGGCCGAUAAAAACGAUAGUUUUGCCUAUAUACAAGUUGGUGAACUUUAUCAAACUGGAAUAGAGAGAGAUGAGGAGAAAGCUAAAGAGGCAUAUAAACGAGCUGCAUUACUAGGACAUCCGCAAGGGGCUUAUAAAUAUGCAUCUUUUUUGCCACGUAAAGAGAGAAUUUAUUGGACUCGAAAAUCAGCCGAAAAAGGAUUCAGUGCAGCACAACGUGAAAUGGCGGGUCAUUGUCAUUAUGGAUACGGCGGCGUAUUAAAAGAUGAACAUUGUGCUUUGAAGUGGAUCUUGAAUUACUCAAAGAACAGUCCUGUGCCAGUUCCGCAAGAAUUGAUGAACCUUUACUUUUAUUAUUAUUAA